UUUUAUUUUUGUUAUCGUAUUGCACGUAAAACCCCAUACCUAAUAAUAUAGUUGAUUAGAGAUAAAUUUAUUAUUGUACCUGCAGCUUGCCUAUUCUGCAAUGAUAAAACUUAUUCAGUUGACCACUAAAGUCAAGUUGGAAACGACGCGCGCUGUCGCGGAGUGAAAAUGCCGAAUAAAUAUGUGAAGAUAUUGUACUACUGUAGUAUAUUAUUCUUAAUAGUUAUUGUAUACGUCACCUUGAAAGAUUUCCUGAGUAACAAGAACGAUCAUCGUAACAAUAAGAAGAUACGAGUACUCAACGAGGAAACUACCAUGAAAUACAUUUUACAGUGGACAUCACCGCGUAAUGUGCCAUUCGUCUAUAUGGGAGUGGGACAAAAUGGUUUCAUAGAGAGAAAAUGUCCACACGUGAAUUGUAUAGUAACGGCUGAUCCAAAUUACCUUGAAGAUAUUACAAAAUUUGAUGUCAUAGCUUUCGCUGGCCCUGAAGUUGUAAGAAUGUCAGAAGAACGAUUACCAAAGAAGAGAUCACCGCGACAGAAAUACGCAUUUGCUAGUAUAGAGUCAUCUCACAACUAUCCCGUGUGCUCUAAUAGGUUUGAUAAUUAUUUUAACUGGACUUGGACAUAUAAAUUGGACUCCGAAGUACGAUGGGGAUAUAUUUCAAUCCGAGAUAAAGAUAAGAAGGUAGUUGGACCAAAAAAAGACAUGCACUGGCCAAAACUAGAAGAUAUGGAUCCUAUUAGCGAUGAAUUGAAAGCAAAACUGAAAACAAAGACUAAAGCGGCCGCAUGGUUCGUGUCCAACUGUUUAACAAAUAGUAAACGAGAAAGGUUCGUAAAUGACCUUAAAAUGGAGCUGGAAAAAUAUAAACAUGUUAUCGAUAUUUACGGUCGCUGCGGACUGAUGUCGUGUUCUCGGGAUUCACCAGAUAAAUGCAAUAAAUUAAUUGAAGAUACCUAUUACUUUUAUUUAUCCUUCGAGAACUCAUUUGCUGAGGACUACGUGACAGAAAAAUUGGUGACUCCAUUACAGAAUAAUGCUGUGCCCAUUGUUUUUGGAGGAGGCAAUUAUACCAGGUUCAUGCCAGAUGGGAUUUAUCUCAAUGCUAGGCAACUUGGUGUGGAAAAAUUAGCAGCAAAAAUGAAUGAGUUGAUACAAAACCCUGAAGAAUAUUACAAGUAUUUUAAAUGGAAGAACUAUUAUACUUAUCAUACAAAUGGGGAAAGCGUGGAGACGAAUGAGUAUUGUAGAUUUUGUGAAUUACUAAAUGACGAGAAAGCGGUAAAGACAACAUCGAUAUACAAAGAUUUUCGUGAGUGGUGGGAUCCCCCAGGCGUAUGUUGAAGGAUUCUAAUGUGGUAUUAUUACAACGGGAAUCUAAUAGAAAUUAUGUGAAGAUAUUUUGAAUAAUAUAUUUUGAAUGUAGGUUAUAGUAAACGGAUAUAAACAGUUGAAUCUAAUUGGACGAAAUUCGGCAUAUAUGUAUAAUAUAUCCUGAAUGGUAUAGACUAUUACUAAUACUGGAAAACAGUUGGACAAAAAGUACAAAUAGGUACAUUUUGAAAAGUUUACUUGUAAUUAGAAUAAGGUAAGACAAGGACCGUAAAACCCUCAUAGCUCUAUUAAGUUAUACGGUAAAUAUAAUAAUUGUAUUAUUAAGUAU